AGUUGUUUUUGUACUCGCAACUCGAUGACGUCCAAGGGAGAGCUCAAGGAACUCGAUUUCAAGCAUCUGAUUGACCAGAUGACCAACUUGAGGCAGGAUCGCGACCGUCUGCGACUGCUGCGCCAGGCCGUCGAGGAGACGUCCGUUACGUGCGCUCAGGUCAAGGCAUUCAUCAACACACAAGCUUACUCUGGCGCCAAGGUGGAGGCUGCUGUGGUGUCGUAUCCCCACAUUUCGGACAAGGACAAGUUCGACUCGGUCAUUAUUGCCAACUUUUCCUUCAAGGAAGAGAAGGACGAAGUCAAGCAAAAGCUCAAGUUGUGAAUAGCAAAAACCAGGGUUGCUUUAGUGUCUUGUGUUGGGUUCCUCAGAACCUCGAGCUGCAAUCCCAAUUGAAACGCACUUUUUAACCAAUCUUUUGACGAGUGAACGGAAUGAACCGCAGAUUAAAGUAGGAUUCAAACCCCA